GUCGGGUCGAAGGGCCAGUGGGGAGGGACCCGGUCUGAGGAAGGGCAGCGGCACCACUCAUGCCCGGUUCACACGGCGCGUAGUACAUGAGCAAUGUUUAACCCGUCAAGGAGCAGCUUGUUCUUCAACCUCUGAGUGGUGGACUCUCAGCUAAGAAAAUCUUUAGGGCCAAUGGAAUCUGAAUUUUACCGGAGGAAAGUUUGGCCCCUGAGUUUUGCCGUGGCUGAAAAGUAGAGAAAGAACAAGGCGUCUGAUUUGUGUUCCUAAAUGCUCUGCAACUAGUCGAGGAGCGGAUAAUCGACCUGAAUCCUCCCGAUGGACAUGGAUGCCAUGGCGAACCCGGUCCUGGGGCCCAGGGCCGAGCGGAUCGCUCGCUAUAAAGCCGAGAGGAGGCGGGAACUGGCCGAACGCUUUGGCAACAUGGAGGAGCUGCCCUCCAAGCGUGUGAGGAGGGGGGGCAGAGAGGGGCCCGACCCAGGGGCCGAGGCCCGCAGAGGGACUGUGAACUCAGACGGCCGUAUUGAAAGCGUGAACGGCGGGACACCAGGGGACACGAAUGGAUUCGAGGAUCCUGCAGAGUCCAACCACUUGAGAAGGCAGGGUUCCCUGGACUCUGCCAGCAUGCUGAGUGGGGAGGGGCACCUCGUCCCUCUUGGACUCGAUGCCCCGCAGCUCCGCACUCGAGUGUCGGUGGGCCAGUUGAGAAGUGCUCUUCUGCAGCAGAGCGGCAGCGGAGCGCAGCCCGACAAAGUUUGCCCCGACGAUGGGCGAGCCACGUCCUCUCUGGAUCUGGCUGUGAAGCCGGGCUCAGAGGAGGGGCGGCGGCGCUCCCGCCGUCACCUCCCCGGCGGGUCAGGCGGCGGUCGCCAGAUGAGCGAACGCUUCAAGACGCAGCCGAUCACAGCCAAUGAGAUGGAGGAGAGAAGCGGGCCGUUGGACGCGGAGGAAGAGGAGAACAUUAAAGGUGAUGUGAAAACAGACGACCGAGCCAAAAUGAGCGUGGCAGCCAAGAUGUCGUUGUUUAAGGAGCUGGAGAAGUCUGCUGCCCCCGAGGCCUCGGCCUUCCUCAAGCCUCGCUCGGGCAGCCUGUGUCAUGAACGCAGGGUGCGUCGUGGCAACGACCAUCGGUUUCUAACUCAGCCAAUCACCUGUGAGGAAAUCGUGGCGAUCAGGACCCCCAAACCAGCACCGCCAGUGGAGCCCCAGUCGGUGGAGGACGACGACGAGAGCUGCAAGCUGACUGUGAGCGAGAAGCUGGCCCUGUUCAACAAACUGUCCCUGCAGGGGCACGGCCCUGCUGACGGGCCCCCAGAGAGGCGGAGGCAGAAGGGGGCUCGGUACCGCACGCAGCCCAUCACGGUGGAGGAGGUCAACCUGCUCCAAAAGGGCCCCGUGCAGCUUCCCGCCUUCGGCUUGUCCCCUCACCUGUCCGACGGGCGGCAGGACUCGUCCGGCAACCUCAAACCCAGUGAGAUCCGCUUCUCCCAGCCGAAACCCGACGCUUCUGCCCAGCAGGGCCUCCAGCGCCACGACUCUGAGCCAGUCUUGAGAGGAAUCCUGAAGAAGAGCUGCUCCGGAGGCUCACCGGGGAGCACGAGGGAGAGCGGUCAGACGGACGAGCCGUCCGGCCGCCAACAGAAUGGCGGCGGAUGUGAAGAAGCGGCGACGCAACUGUGGAGGGGGAGCGCAGAGCUGCGGGAAAAGCCUGCAGCACCGCGGAGAGAGAGAGGACGGGCUUCAGGUGGGGAGGGAGGCUCACUGGCUGCCACGCCCUGGAGGCAGAGGGCUCGAACCAGGAGGGAAACCAUCAGCUGCACACCAAUAAGAGCCUCGUCGGAGCAGGACACUCCCCAGGAGGAGAGGGCCUGCCAGGCGAAGCUGCCGGGACAGCUGGUUUCCUCUGGGGGUCGCGGCUCUGAGGCCACUGGGAGAGUUCGACAGCCGGAGGAGGAGGAGGGUGUGAGGAGGAUGGAUGAAGAAACGACGGCCACGGGACAAGUUCAAGUCACACUGGUAGACGGCAACAUUAAACAGCAGGGGGCGACCAACAGCAGCAGAAGUAAGGACGAGACAGAACACCUUCACGUGGAGAGCGCCAACCCUCAGUGCUGGGAACCCGUCUUUGCCUCUGUCUAUUCUAGCAGUACCCCCCAAUAUAUCAUGUGUUUCAAUCAGAGGAAUCUGUCUUUUGAGGCACAAGAAGUCUCCUCUUCUCCCAAAGACCAGACUCGGCCUCAGUGGAGACCGAAGAGGGCGGAGGAUGAGAUGGAUGAAGUUGAGGAAAUGAAUACAGAGCGGGAGAGUGAGGCGCAAGGGAUGAACAAGAGAGGGUCUCCAGAAUCAGAAGUAAAGGACGCCUCUCACAACGAGGAGCACUCUGACGCUCUAACGUGCUCGUAUGAAGACACUCCCACGCAGUCUUUGCUGGAGUUUGAAGCUCCACGGAGCUCUCGGCUCUCAGCGGCUCCACUUAAUGUGAGGGAGGAGACGCCUGUGGAUGGAUCAAACGCACCCGGUGCUCAGUCCCCUCCCUCCGCCUGCGCCCCCCCACCCUGUGGAGACGUCGCUGCUGCAGAGCCCGAGCAGGACCUGAGUGUUCUCUGCCAACCCAACACACCCAUACUGACCUCAUCAGUAGCACAGCACAGGCGGUCCGUGCGUCCGUCCCGUCGGACUCAGGGCUCCAGAAACCCCCUCCGGGCUCUCGCUGCCCGGGAGGACAUCAGGCAGGACUACAUGGGGGAGAGAGACGACUCCCCGGCUGCUGAGGAGAGCUCCCAAGCAGAGAAGAAGGCCAAAAACUCUUCGGUGGUAGAUUCACACGUUUCCACAUCAGAAGACGUCAUCGUCUCCACCGACUCUCCUCCUCCCUUCAGCAGCCUGAUGCUCAUUCACAUCAAAGGUAGGCGGCAUGUCCAGGUGCGCCUGGUGGAGCCAGCGGUGCAGUCGCUGAACAGCGGAGACUGCUUCCUGCUGGUCGCGGCGGAGCAUUGCAUCCUGUGGAGCGCAGAGUUCGCCAAUGAACAAGAGAAAGCCAAGGCCUCUGAACUGGCCUCGUCUAUCCAGAGCCGUCAGGAUCUGGGCUGCCGGGCCUCCCGGGUGGUCCACCUGGAGGAGGGGCUGAACUGUGACGGCAGCCUGGCUGCAGACUUCUGGAGGCUUCUCGGAGGAAGGAGACAAUACAGAGGAGCCAGUGCGGAAGAGGAGGAUGAGCUCUACGAGUGUGGAGUGGUGGAGUCCAACUGUGUGUACAGGCUGGUGGAGAACAGGCUGGUGCCCCAUGAACACGCCUGGGCCUCGGCCCCCCGGGUCUCCCUGCUGGGCUCCACUGAGGCCCUGGUGUUUGACUUCGGCAGCGAGGUGUACCUGUGGCUUGGACGGGACGUUUCCCUCAGCAGGAGGAACAUUGCACUCCAGCUGACUCGCCAACUGUGGGUCGCAGCUUAUGACUACAGCAACUGCCGAGUCAACCCGCUGGAUCCCACGCGCUGCAACCCCGACACACAGCAGAAGGGAGAGGGGCGUCCCAGCUGGGCGUUGUUCGGUUGCGUCUCGGAGCUCAACGAGACGGCUCUGUUCAGGGAGAAGUUCCUGGACUGGACAGGAGGCCCGGAGGAAGCCGCUGCAGUGAGCGAGGAGACGCAGCCCGUCCCCGCCCCGUCUCCAGCUACAGGCGUCCUGAGCGCCUGCGACGCCAAGGCUCUGGUGUCGGGUCAGUGUCUGGGAGGAGACGGCGUGGGCCGUAACGUGCUGGCUGGGGUGGACGUCCAGAGGGGCCACGGGGUCAUCGUGCUGGAGCGAGGGUGCCAGAUGGAGCUGACCACGGUUGCUGUGGACACUUGGCACAUCCAGGAGUUUGAUGACAGCGAGAUUCCCGUGGAGAGCACCGGGCAGCUUCACGAAGGAGACUCCUACGUCAUCCGCUGGAAGUACAGCACCACCACUGUUGAGAAGACAAGCAGCCCUGAUGAAUGUCGCAAAGAAAACACCGCCUUCUUCCUGUGGCGGGGCCGUCACUCCACGGUCAGCGGGCGGGACACCGCUGCGUUCCUGUCCAUCGGGAUGAACGACCAUGAAGAGUCUCAGGUGGUGGUGCUUCAGGGAAAGGAGCCUCCCUGUUUCCUGCAGCUCUUCCAGGGAGGCCUGGUCGUCCACAAGGGAAAGCGAGAGGAGCCCUGGACUAAUGCAGCAGAGUGGCGUCUGUUCAGUGUGCGGGGCGAGCUCCCGGAGGAAGGCUCCCUGCUGGAGGCGGACUGCUGCUGCGCAGGUCUCCGGUCCAGGGGCUCUGUCGUCCUGCUCAGCAGCCAGCAGGGGGCGCUGUAUCUCUGGACCGGCUGCAAAGCUCCCAGCAGCUCCAGAGAGGUCAGCAAGAGGGCAGCGGAGCGGCUCACUCAAAUGUGUGCGCCCGAGUUGGGUCUCAGUAAAAGCAUCCCUGUGGCGGUGCAGCUAGUGGAGGAAGGUUCAGAGCCUGCAGACUUCUGGACAGCCCUGGGGCAAAUGGACAGGAAGGCCUACGACUGCAUGCUGCAAGAUCCAGGAAAGUAUAACUUCACGCCUCGUCUCUUCCACAUGAGCGCCUCCUCUGGGAGCUUCCAGGCCGAAGAGCUGCGGAGUCCAGCGCGGCUGCCGGGACUCGUGAUGGCGGCACCGUUCGUCCAGGAGACUUUGUACUCCGUACCGCAGCCGGCCUUGUUCCUGCUGGACAACCGUCUGGAGGUGUACCUGUGGCAGAGCGGUCGGCCCGAGCAGACGGAGAGCUCGGCGCCGGCCCGGAGCUGCUGGCACGCCGAGAGGAGGUGUGCCAUGCAGACGGCACUGCAGUACUGCAAAGAGAUGAACCCAAGACGCCCGCCGCAGACCUACCUCAUAUUUGAGGGUUUAGAACCUCUCACCUUCACCAACGUGUUCCCCUGCUGGGAGAGGAGACCCGACACACGGGUCGAUGCGGGGCGGGGGAAGCUGACCUUGGUGCAGGACGCCCUGGCCCAGCUCAUGAAGACCCAGUACCCUCUGGAGGAGCUGCUGCGGAGCCCGUUACCUGAAGGAGUGGACGCCCAGCGCCUGGAGCUCUACCUGUCGGAUCAAGACUUCCAGACUAUUUUGGAUAUGAAGAGAGAUGAAUAUGCUUCCCUCCCAGACUGGAAGCAAAUUGAUCUGAAGAAAAGCAAAGGGCUGCUUUGCUAGACAGCGAAAACAAAUGGAGGCUGACUGGCAGCAGGGACUUCCUCUGAGAAGGGGAGAUGGCGGUGGGUGUGUGGGGGGUGAUCGGCAUCGUGCUGCUGCACAAAGGACUGCUUACAAAGUUAUAAAAAGAGGGAAGAAAUUCACUUUUAUUGAUGUCAAACUAGAAUGAGUGUGUGGAUGCAUUAUCAGACGAGGAUUUCUCUGUAGCUGUUGUUCAGAGCACAAAAAACAACACAUUUUCCUAUCAAAUUUGUUUCUGUACAAAUCAAUGAAAGAUAAAAAGGUGUGUGGGAGUGAAGGAAGGACAUCGGUAACAGACUGUGGGAUAAGGUUGAGAAAACAAAGAAGUGCAUAAAAAAAAAGGCUGACCACUUUCUACAGGUCUCCUCCUCGAUCGAUGCCUCCUCCAUCAGAACAGCUCAGGAUGCAUGCUCAAAGCUACCGAGUGUGUUUGACUCCGAAGUCUAUGACGUGUGUGUUAGUCGUGUGUCACUGUGUUCAUUUGUCUGCCUGCCUUGUGUGUACAAAGGUGUGUGUGCUGUGCACUUUGCAGCUUAAGCCCAUGUGUUCAGUGUGGCUUUGUGGAGGCUAAUGCUAUAUUAGGACUCUGGGGGUUCACUAUUAGCUAUGCGUGAGCGAGCAGGUAGACAUGCUCCAAUAACAUCCCUCUGGCCCAAAACAACACGCUGAUUCUGCUGCAGCUCAAUCAACACCCUGUUCCACACGGCCUCGCAUGACACGGCAAUACGGAACGACCGACUGUCUCCCUCUCGUGUGUGUUUUCUGCUGAUGGUGAUGCACUUAAAACUGUCUCGGCACUUUGAUAUUUGUGUAAUGUCCUUAUUCUUGGACGACUGUAGAUAGAAACAAGCUACAGUUGAUUUGAAGUUUUAGUAAAAAACAAAAUAUAUAUAUACUGUAAGAAUUAAAGAACAUGUGUUUCCUGA